CCAAUCCCCAAAGCACGAUUAUUACGCACCUUCUUCUGGCCACGCCAAACGAUCAUGGCUACCGAUCACAAGGCAACGCUUGUCCCCCCAAAGCGGGCCAACACCGACUAUCCGCUAAUUGACUCCGACCCGCAUUUGAGACGAGUCGUCGGUUAUGCACGACCCUCUGAUUAUGCUGUAGCAGGUGGACUGGCUGGUGCUUCGCCACUUGCUUUCUGGAUCAUGGAGAGGGUGAGCCCGUCGCAUGUCGGCAGAGGCGGCUUCGCUCCUGUCAUGCGACUAGCAACAGCAAUUGGUCUCGUUGGAGGUCUACAUAUCUUCUACCAACGAUCUUGCAAUCGCUUCUAUGGUUUCACAGAAAACUCACGGGAAGUCGAAAUGGAUAUGAGAGAAAUGGUAGACAAGGUCAAAAAAGGGGAACCCCUGUACGGAACUUCUCAGGUUUCUCCAUACUUGCAGGGUGUUGCUGCUAGAAACUCGCGUUAUUCUCAGCUUUUCAGCCAUGUCAUCCCAUGGGUCAAUAUCGUCAACCACGAUCAACAUGGCGUCGACACCGCCAAAUAUUAUCAACAAGCGGAACGGGAGCUCGAAGCGGAACGCCUGAAAUAGCCGUAUCGCUCACUGAGUAUCUGGCGGAAUGAGUAGUGACAAACAUUAGAUAUGCCCUUGUUUCUUCUGUUACCGCGAAACCUGUUGUAUACGUAUUUAUAUUCUAGCGCAAUGUGAAACCCUCUUUAACAGCUUGCCUUUAUAUUGGGUAAAUC